AUGGCACCUUCCAUCCCUAUUCCAACGCAGGGUGGAAUGUUCCACACAUUUCAGGGGGUUACUCCCCGAAAGCAGUCAACAGAGUCGAUAGAGGGCUCUAAAGCAAGCGGAACCAGCGCUGCCAAGCGCAUUACUACACCUCAUGCUUGUGCUGAGUGCAAGCGCCGCAAGAUGGCACCGAAACGCUGCUUCUAUGACAAGCACCGGCAACGCGUUAUUCCCUCCAGGAAAACACUCGAGGCACUCUCCCAGUCUUUAGAAGAGUGCCGGUCGAUCCUCAAACGACUUUAUCCCAACCAUGAAGCCCAGGCAUUGUUACCGCUAUCUCGCCAAGAGCUUCUCAACCUUCUAGAUCGCCCAGGCGCCGACCCCACGAAUGGAAUGCCAUCCCCUCCUCUUCAUGCUUCGCCUAUCGAGGCUGGUCUGCAAUCUCCACCACUAUCAGCGAUCGAGCACGGCAUUUCAAGCCUUGAGCAAGUUCCCACGAGGGACACAGAAUGGGACGAGGAGCGUCGGGGACGAGACCCCAUCCCGGUCGAGGCGGACGACGUCAAUGCUCUGUCACUCUCAGUCGACCGGCAAGCCUCUUACCUAGGAGCAUCGUCGAUUAAAGCAGCAUUGAUGGUAAUGCUCAAAGUCCAGCCCGGUCUUCGUAGCUCCUUGACGCCACCACUCAAUAGUGUCGAAAUGGCACACAACAUGCCAAUCAUGAAGCAGAAGAGCACAAACUGCAAAGAACCACAAAGGGUGCCCUGGUCCUGGAAGGGCCAGACGUUGAUUGACGCAUAUUUCAAGCGGACACACGUCUUCAUCCCAAUGCUUGAUGAAGCAUCCUUCCGGGCGGACUACCUCGAGGGACAGAGAUGCGAUGCCCCGUGGCUUGCCAUCUUGAAUAUGGUGUUCGCCAUGGGAAGCAUCGUUGCAAUGAAAUCAGAUGAUUACAACCACCUGAACUAUUACAACAGAGCAAUGGAGCACCUGCCAAUGGACUCUUUCGGCAGUAGCCACAUUGAGACUGUCCAGGCUUUGGCUCUUAUCGGUGGCUACUAUCUGCACUAUAUCAACCGGCCGAACAUGGCCAACGCCGUUCUUGGUGCAGCCAUCAGGAUGGCCAGCGCUCUCGGCCUUCACCGAGAGAGCCUAGUCUCUGGCGCAAGCGGCAGUAACAAUGAAGUUGCCGCAGCUGAGACCCGGCGGCGAACUUGGUGGAGUCUCUUCUGCCUUGAUACAUGGGCCACAACAACCAUGGGGCGCCCAUCUUUCGGCAGAUGGGGCCCAGCUAUCAACAUUCGCGUCCCUGAAGCGGGCUUGAGCUCUGGUCGCGACUCGGCACAGCAUGCAGGUAUACUUCCUCUCAUCGAGAACAUCAAGUUCUGCAAGAUUGCCACGGGCGUUCAGGAUAUGCUUGCAAUUUCACCACUGCUGCGGGCUGAGGACCGUGUCAACCUAGAUGGCCAACUGGUCAACUGGUACAGCAAUCUACCUUGGUUACUGCGGACCAGCGACCCCUGCGCCGAGCCUCUCUACAUUGUGCGCUGCAUCAUGAAGUGGAGGUAUCAGAAUCUACGAAUGUUACUUCAUCGCCCCGUCCUACUCAAUCUGGCCAGCAGCGGAGCCUCGCAUGCAGCCGAGCACGACAUCGCAGCCAUUGAAGCCUGUCGUGACCUUGCAAAGGCUACUAUCGAGGACAUCUCCCGCGAGUGGACUCGCAACCAGAUGUCUGGCUGGAACGCAGUCUGGUUCCUUUACCAAGCUGCGAUGAUUCCAUUGGUCAGUAUCUUCUGGCAAUGGGACAGCCCCCGUGUGCCGGACUGGCAGAAGCAACUGGAGACUGUACUGGAACUGCUCGAGGCCAUGGAAGACUGGUCAUUAGCCGCUCGGAGAAGCCGCGAGGUAGUCUGGCGAAUGUACGAAGCCUCGCGGCAACUUGAGCCGACGAUGCGCGCCCACAGCCCCUUGCAGCGACUGGUGACCGACCAUGGCAUGCUCAUGGCCGACGGUUCGGAAUUGCACAUGUCACCGAUUGGGUUGGAGCCCGAGGGUUUCGGGCUCAUGGGUGUCUUAGAUCAGCAGGGUCUGUGGGACCUGGACGGGAUGCUCUGGGGUGGAUCUGAUGAGAUGGACUAUGCGCAGUUCGGCAAUGUUCACGACGGCAUGAUGCACGUGGACUAUGGGUUGAUGGGCUCCCACCAAGGAGCCGGCGGCAUUAACGGCGCGGCUUACUCUUUCGUUCAAUGA